GGAACUGGGACCGGCGAGGAGAUCAUGUUACCAAAACGUGUCAACGUAGUGAAGCUGUAACUGCGCAGCUAGUACUAUCUUUGGCGUAGCUGUCUUAACGAUGGCAGAGUUGUUGUUUUGAAGGGUGUUCCUGAAGUAACUAUUCGCCCUUGAAUACGCUUUGUGGUCCGUUCAUUGGAGUUGAACUGGGAAUGAGAAACCGAUUCAUUCCUGUACUUUGAGCACCGGGCAUUUGUGGGCGGAUCUUUCCGAAUCAUCCAGAAUGUUGGGCAUUUUAGCCAGGACGAUGGCUAAGGACCUAUGGUACAAGGUGAAACCUUGUGGCCGCCUGGUUAGGCCUGUGGCGCCCACGCGCAUACCCGGGCGCUACCUGAGCCACCAGGAGGGCCUCCCCAAGCUCCCAGUGCCCUCCCUCCAGCAGACGUGCGAGCGCUACCUGGCCAUCCUGGAGCCCAUCGUGGAUGAGGAGGAGUUGAGCCACACCAAGGAGCUGUUGGCAGAGUUCCAGAAGGCUGGGGGGGUUGGGGAGAGGCUGCAGAAGGGCCUGGAGAGAAGGGCCCGCAAGACUGAGAACUGGCUGUCAGACUGGUGGCUGACUACAGCCUAUCUGGACUACCGGAUGCCCGUAGUGGUCCACUCUAGUCCCGGGGUGGUCUUACCCCGCCUGGAGUUCAGCGACCGCCAGGGACAGAUGAGGUUUGCGGCCAAGUUGAUCGCUGGCGUUUUGGACUUCAAGACAAUGAUUGACAAUGAGACGUUACCAGUGGAGUACCUGGGUGGGAAGCAGUUGUGUAUGAACCAGUACUAUCAGGUCCUGUCCUCAUGUCGCAUCCCCGGCCUGAAGAGGGACUCGGUGGUCAACCACGCCCAUCGCUCCAGGCCUCCCACUCACAUCACUGUGGUGCACAACUUCCAGUUCUUUGUCCUGGACGUGUACAACAGUGAUGGCACCCCGCUGACGGUAGACCAGUUGUACAUGCAACUGGAGAAGGUCUGGAGCUCGUCCCUGCAGACCAACAAGGAGCCCAUCGGCAUCCUCACCUCUAACCAACGCAACAGCUGGGGCAAGGCCUACAACAACCUUAUCAAGGAUAAGACAAACAAAGACUCUGUGCAGGCCAUCCAGAAGAGCAUCUUCACAGUGUGUCUGGAUGCUCCCAUGCCCUGCGUCUCAGACGAGCUGUACCGCAGCCGAGCCGCUGUCCAGAUGCUCCACGGAGGGGGCAGUCGCUGGAACAGUGGCAACCGCUGGUUCGACAAGACUUUGCAGUUUAUCAUUGGAGAGGACGGGUCAUGUGGUCUGAUGUAUGAGCACGCCCCUGCUGAAGGCCCGCCUAUUGUGUCCUUGAUUGACCACGUUGUCGAGUACACGAAGAAGUCUGAGAUGGUGCGUACCCCCAUGGUCCCCCUGCCAAUGCCUCAGAAACUACGCUUUAACAUCACGCCAGAGAUCAAAAAGGACAUCGAGAAGGCCAAGCAGAACAUGAACAUAAUGGUUCAUGACCUGGAUGUCAAAGUCAUUGUUUUCUCCCACUUUGGCAAGAACGUCCCCAAGACCCACAAGAUGAGCCCCGAUGCCUUCAUCCAGAUGGGACUACAGCUGGCCUACUACAGGAUGUAUCAGCGGUGCUGUGCCACCUAUGAGAGCGCGUCUCUGCGUAUGUUCAAGCUGGGUCGCACCGACACCAUCCGCUCCUGCUCCAUCGACUCUGCUAAUUUCGUCAAGGCCAUGGACGACCCAUCCAAACAGAAGAUAGAAAAAGUGACCCUACUGGAGAAGGCUGUGAAAGCCCACCGGGCAUACACUGACAUGGCGAUCCAUGGCCAGGCCAUAGACCGACACCUUCUGGGGCUGAAGCUGCAGGCCAUCGAAGACCUGACCUCCAUGCCUGAGAUCUUCAUGGACACCUCGUACGCUGUGGCCAACCACUACAACCUUUCCACUAGCCAGGUGCCAGCCAAGACGGACUGUGUGAUGUGCUUCGGGCCCGUGGCACCCGACGGCUAUGGCGUAUGCUACAACCCCAUGGCAGAACACAUCAACUUUGCCGUGUCGGCGUUCAACAGCUGCAAUGAGACCAAUGCGGCCCACAUGGCCCAGAGGCUGGAGGAGGCCUUGCUGGACAUGAGGAUGCUGCUGGAGAGCACCCCCAAGGCCAAGCUGUGAGAGGAAAACCGAGAUGGACCUAGUUCAGGGUCAGACUAGGCUUGGCUGAACACUGCUUCAGACUUAGGCCACCACAGACUGUCUGAUACAAGACCGCUUAAGACCGCUUCAGAUGGUCCAAGGCCUAUGCCACCAUUGACAUCUUGCCUCAGACCUGGUUCAGAGCCCGGCCAGGCCACCACAAACGGAUACAAGAUCGAUUAAUACCGCUUCAAACCAGAUUUGGGUGUUUUAGCUAGUACAUGGUUGCCAUCAUUACAGUUGCGGUUUGGUGUACAACAGUUUGAUGGCGUGUUGUUUUUAUGACAGAUUGAAUGAUUUAUUGACUGUAAUAUUAAGACUAUUAAAUUCACGUUUAUUGUUCAUAAAAAAAUAAAAUUCAGGUUUACUUGUACAGAUCGAAUCAUAUUCUUUGUAUUACAAUCAUCAUUGUGGAUGAGCCUGUGACAAAACAAUAGCCUGGUCCCAAAUGUAUUUCUGCACAAGACCAUAGGUGUUGGCAAGACGGCACAAACAGAUCUGGAAACAGGUUGCAAAAUAGAGUUUGAGGAGUGGAGUGGAUCACUAAAAAGAGAUCGAAUCAUUAUGGCUGUGUUUAAAUUGUGUAUAAUUAAAUGAAGAACAGUAUGUUUGAGAUUGUCGCAAAUACAGUGCAUGUUAUUUGGAAGAGCAAGUGUGUGAGUGGGAUACUGGAACUUUGUACCUGCCUUGCCUUCUGGGAUUUCCUUUACAUUUUUUUACACUAAUUGUGUAAAUACCAGUGUUGGGGAAGCUACUCAAAUAUAGUUUACCAAGCUACCAAUUACUUCACACUGGAAGAAGGUAAGCUACACUAAAGUUACCCAUAAUAAAACUAUAGUUACUUUGAAAAAGUAGUUCAGUACAUCCAAACUACUUUGUGAAUAAGUAUAUGUAAAUACUGCAAAAUGUAGUUCAUUUACUAGUUGAACUAUGUGUAGUUCACUACUCCCCAACACUGGUAAAUACAGACAUUUGAAUUUUGAUGGUACUUGUGUGUCUGUCUGGGUUCUGAAUGCUGUAAAUAACACUGGUUAUGUACUUAAUGCUGGUGAUUAACAUUAAACAAUUAUUUGUGAAAAUCA